AUGUCUCAAGACGUAGUUAGCGAAGAGUUUCAAUCCAACAACAAACAUGACGAUCAUCAAAUUUUAACUCAAAAGGAACACAAACCAACGAUCAUAUCAGAUUUUAUUGCAGCUUCCUAUCGCUCUUAUGUGACUGGACCAAAAACACCUGCUCCGUCAUUACCAAGCGUUGCCGAUGAAAGAGGCAACCCUUCUUCCUCAUUGGAAAAACUUUCUGAUUUAUUGCAACAAAAAUCAUCGGCUGCCAAAAGUGAGCACGAAUCCUUAGUGGAACGAAUCGAAACCUUACUCGAGAAAGUCUCUGUGAGUAGCCUCUCCGGUGUCGACGACCACAAAAGUCUCUCCACUUCUCUUAACCAUUCCUUCUUUGAGUUCAGACACAUCAGAGACAUGUUCAACAGCAAUGAAAUGGAUGCAACUAUGAGUAUUGUGAGUGAAGAAGAUGUUGCCAUUUUAGCAUCUCAUUGUCUCUACAUGCUUGAAUACUAUAAUACCAUCUCGAGUGAAUUCAGAGAUCAAAAGAAACUCUUACUCGUGUUGAGAGUCAUUAAUAAUUAUUCAGAACAGAGUCCAACAACGAAUACUUUGCGGAGAGAACAAACGAAACGAAGACUUAAAUUCAUGAAUCAUUUGUUGUCAGAGUCCGAGAGAUUUCAACAAUUAUUAUGUAAAUUCAUAAUGUUCUCAAAUAUUGAUCAUAAUGAUAAGGUUCAAUAUCUGUGUGCAAAAUGUUUGAGUAAUUUCAUGAAAAAUCAACUGCGUCACAAAGAGCCAACGUCACAAAAAAAGUUGUUUGUGUUGAAUGUAGAUACUCUAAGAGUGAUUGGCAUGUGUUUGGAAACACUGUGUGACAAAUUACUCGUGAGGAAUGCAGAAACUUUUGUACAUGUCCAUUUCUAUCAAUUGUUGAUUAAUAUCUUGUACGAUCACUAUAUUGAACUUGACACGAAUAAUGGCGAUCAACGCUGUCUGAAUGACAAUCAUGAGCAUUCCAAACAUGAUCAAGAUUCUGUAGAUCUGUAUAUUCAUACUCAGGUUAAAAAGUUACUCUGUUGUAACAAUCAAAAUUCAACAUUGGUGAAAUGUCUAUCACUGAUUCACAAAUAUGCAGAGAAAACAUUUUCUAAUCACCAGAGUGACGUCUCUUUUGUAUUGGAUUCCAGAGACAUCUCCCUCCUAAUCAAGUCCUUACUGCAUGAGGAAUCAAAUGUUAUUAAAUUAGCAUCUGACUUGUUGUUAAGAUUUAGAGAUAAACUUACCGAAGAAAAUAAGAAAACCAUUGUCACAUGCCUCUUGUCACAUAAUUUGAUAUGCUUCAAUAGAAAUCAAACACAGAAUGCAUACAAGGCGAGUGUGAAUGCGCUCGUUGAAUGGUCCAAUCGUGAUCAGUACUUUGAGGACACACUGUCGAAAUUUGUAAACGAUCCAUUAGUGGUAGAUUCUUAUGAUCGCGCUGUUGUUUCUAUUCGAAACGAUAGAGAGAAAUACCAGAUGCAUUGUGACCAUGUCAAAUGUCUUUUGUAG